AUGGAUCAUUUGCCGGAUAUAGUACCACAUGCCAGGUACCUCCCUUCUGGUCAUGUGGCAGUGGUUUCGUUCGUUGCAAUUGCAAUUUUCGUAAUAUACAAACUGUUCACCCGCACUGACGUCCCGUAUAUCCACGGUCUGCCAGAGAUACCGGGCGCUCUCCCAAUUACGGGUCAUCUCACCCAGCUCGGCGACGACCAUGCUACAGUAUGCGAGAAAUGGUGGCGGCAGUACGGCAACUCUGUCUUCCAGAUCCGACUUGGUAAUACGCGCGCUGUGAUUGUCAACUCCUUCGAAGAUUGUAAAAAGAUCCUGGUUUCAAAUUCUCAAGGACUGAUCGAUCGGCCAAAACUGUAUACAUUCCAUGGUCUGAUCUCCUCGACUCAGGGUUUCACUAUUGGAAGCUCCCCGUGGGAUGAGAGUUGUCGGAACAAGCGCAAGGCUGCAUCGACUACGUUGAGUAAGGGUAUGAUGAAGAACUACUAUGAUAUGUUCGACCUGGAGUCUUACUGCAUCCUUCGCGACCUCCAUCGCGAUAGCAAGAGUGGAGAAGUCGAGGUCAGUAUUCGACCGUACAUACAACGCUAUGCCCUCAACACAACCCUCACGUUAUGCUAUGGCAUCCGCAUGGACGCAGUCUACGACGAUCUGCUCCGCGAGAUCCUCGAAGUGGGAUCCGCCAUCUCGCUCCUCCGCUCCGCUUCUGAGAACUACCAAGACUACGUCCCCAUCUUGAGAUACCUGCCGAACAACGAAAAGAACCGGCGCUCCAAAGAACUGCGUGAACGGCGAGACAAGUAUCUGAACGAACUUCUUGACAAAGUCCGCGGGAUGAUCAAGAACGGUACGGAAAAACCAUGCAUCAGCGCCGCCAUCCUCAAGGACGAAGAAACCCGCCUCACGGGCGUAGAAGUAAGCUCCAUCUGUCUGUCUCUCGUCUCUGGCGGUUUCGAAACUAUACCUGGUACGCUUGUAUCCUGUAUCGGCUCCCUUUCCACACCCGCAGGCCAGAUCUUCCAAGACCGCGCGUAUGCCGAGAUACGCAAAAUGUAUCCCACCGACGCGGCGUUGAAGGAAGCCUGGGCAACAGACUUUGAGAAAGAAACCGUACCAUAUCUGAACGCUAUCGUGAAGGAAGCGGGGCGGUACUAUACCGUUAGUAAUAUGAGUUUGCCGCGUAAGACAAUGGGAGAGGUUAGGUGGGGGGAUGCUGUCAUCCCGAAAGGGACGAUGGUGUUGAUCAACGCUCAGGCUGGUAACCAUGAACGCUGGCUCACCCCCCCUUCAUCCCCAGACGCCUUACAUACACCGACUUCGCACGCUAGCCCGCCUCACCUCUCCUUCGGUGCCGGAUCUAGGUCUUGUCCUGGCGCUUUGAUAGCGAGCAAGCUGAUCUAUGCUGCGCUGUUCCGUUUGCUCAGUCUAUACAGGAUUGAGGCCAGUGUGACGAAUCCACCAAACACGGAUUACGUGGACUAUAACGCGAUCAAGAGUGCUUUAGUGGCUAUACCAAGGGAUUUCGGAGUGAGGCUUGUGCCGCGAGGUGGUAGUGAGGGUGAUCUUUUGGGUAGUGUGCUUGAUGAAGGGAGAGUGAGGACUGCGGAGCUGUACAAGGAGUGA